AUGGCAACACUCGGCUCCAAGCGCCGAUAUGAUGAUGAUGACGACGACGACAAGGAAUACACACCACCGCCAUUAGAAAAGCGCAGGAGGGACAAUGUCACUGUCGAGCAUCCAGAUACCAUCCGUGUCCAUCUCGACGUGGUGAGAGGAUACAGUCCUACAUAUGAUGUCGCCCCCGAAACGACUGUGGACAAGCUACUCAAAUCAUACGCCGCGAGCCGUAGCUUUGACCCAAGCACGCUCCAGGCAGCCAUCUUCCUCACAUCUGGCAACCAGAAACAGAACCAGCUCAAGUUGGUAUCUGCUGACAACACGGUCCAGGAUGUGGUGGAGAUGCUGCAUGAGAACGGCUAUCUGGCGUUUGGCGAGGGGAUAGAGUUGAUUGUCUUUGAGGACAAGUCUAGAGCGAGGGCAACUGUCUGA